AGUCACUGUGACAGUAGUGCGGAAGUAGUGCGUAUGUAAAGUGUGUUACUGUGCAUAUUGUAGUUUUAUUAUAUUUUAUUUGUGUUAUUAUUGUUGUGUAUCAGACUGUGAACAUGCUGAAGGCUGUGAUUCUUAUCGGAGGACCUCAGAAAGGUACACGGUUCCGGCCGCUCUCCUUCGAGGUUCCCAAACCGUUGUUUCCUGUAGCAGGAGUUCCCAUGCUCCAACACCACAUCGAGGCUCGCGCUAAGGUGCCGAACAUGAAGGAGAUCUUGCUGAUCGGGUUUUAUCAGCCGAACGAGGAGCUGAACCGCUUCUUAUCUUCAGCACAGCAGGAGUUCAAAAUCCCAGUGAGGUAUCUGCAGGAGUACGCUGCUCUGGGAACAGGAGGAGGAGUCUAUCACUUCAGAGAUCAGAUCCUCUCUGGUUCUCCGCAGCACUUUUUUAUCCUGAACGCAGACGUUUGCUCAGAGUUUCCUUUGGAGGACAUGCUGCGAUUCCAGAAGGAGCACGGAGACGCUCAGAGCUUCAUCCUUCUCGCUACCACAGCCAACAGGAAACAGUCACUGAACUACGGCUGCAUUGUGGAGAAUGAACAAACCAAUGAGGUUCUGCACUAUGUGGAGAAGCCGAGCACGUUUGUCAGCGACAUCAUCAACUGUGGGAUUUAUCUUUUUACUCCAGAGAUCUUCCAGCACAUCGGAGCAGUGUUUCAGAAGAACCAGCAGGACCUGAUGCUGUGUCCAUAUGAGGGAGACGAGCAGUCUAACGGCUGGCAGAGAGCUGAAGUGAUCCGUCUGGAGCAGGAUAUUUUCACGGCUCUUGCAGCUCAGAAGAAACUGUACGUGUACAAAACAAACCGAUUCUGGAGUCAGAUUAAAUCUGCAGGAUCAGCUAUCUAUGCCAGUCGGCUGUAUCUAAACCAGUACCAUAAGACCCACACGGAGAGACUGGCCACCAAUAAGGAUGAAGGACCCAGAGUAAUCGGAAACGUUUACAUCCAUCCGACGGCCAACAUCGAUCCCAGUGCUGUGUUGGGUCCAAACGUGUCCAUAGGAACCGGAGUGACGAUUGGAGCCGGGGUUCGGGUCCGAGAGUCCAUCAUCCUUCACGGCGCCACCUUACAGGACCACAGCUGUGUUUUGAACAGUAUAAUCGGGUGGGACAGCACUAUUGGGAAGUGGGCGAGAGUGGAAGGAACCCCAAGUGAUCCCAAUCCAAACGACCCCUACGCCAAAAUCGAUAGCGAGACUCUGUUCAGAGACGGAAAACUCACACCAUCCAUCACCAUCCUGGGCUGUAACGUGACGAUCCCGUCUGAGGUGAUCAUCCUCAACUCCAUCGUCCUGCCGCACAAAGACCUGAACCGCAGCUUCAAAAACCAGAUCAUCCUGUAGCAUGUUGAUUCUGGGUUACGCAGUGUGGAGUAAUAUUAUUAUUAUUAUUAUUAUUAUUUAGAUUCCCUGUGUGGUGACCGAAUAACUCGCUCUUUCUUUAGCUUCCUGUAAUAUCUGAUGUUCAGCCCUGUGCUGAUUUUUCUUACUCUAAAUUAUUUACUUUGACCUACAAUAAUUCUCAUGGCUCUCAACGUCAGCUGCAGAAAGGUCACAUGACCUCACGUUACGUUUACUUCAAUCUGUCCAGUUUGGUGUGAUUCAAUUCUAUAAUUUUGUGACAUGAUGAAGUCUAUCAAUAAGUAAUUGGAUCUCUGAUCACUAAAUACAGCUCACAUCACCAUGAGGGUGUGAGAAUAUGAACAAACCAGUGGAAGUUAGCUUAGUAACAGUUAGCUAUUGAAUUGAGUUAGCUAAAUUAUUUACACUAAAAAGACUGACUAAUCAAUAACAGUCCAAAUCAGAGCAUUUCACCUCAGGAUGUAACUGUUACUGAGAUUACUUCACAAGAUCAUGAUGGUGCUUCUGCUACAGCUUGAAUGUCGCUCUGGACGAUGGCGUCUGCUAAAUACCACAAAUGUAAAUGAUAUUAAUCAGAACUGUGGUGAUUUUGUAUUCAGGUCAUUCUGCAGUUUCUUCAGGCAGCCAGAAAAAACACAGUGAAGUUCAUUAUCAGGUUCUUUCAGAUCUGAAGUGUUAAUAACCGCGUUAUUGUAUACGUGUGUGUGUGUGAUGAAUAAAUGUCAAAAAGUACCUUUCUGAA